UCUUUAAAUCAACUCAUCUCAUCCAACAGAGCUGCUUCUCUGCUGGGGUCUCACAGUUCACUAACAAAACAGAGAGGCGGCGGCGGAGAGGAGCCAUGGCGAGUCCCGGACAGAAAGUUGUUCUGAUCACCGGCUGCUCCUCCGGGAUCGGUCUGAGGAUGGCCGUGAUGCUGGCCAAGGAUGAGAAGAAGCGCUAUCACGUCAUAGCAACAAUGCGUGAUCUGAAACGUAAAGAUAAGCUGGUGGAAGCUGCCGGGGAUGCUUAUGGGGAAACUCUUUCUCUUGCUGUGCUGGACGUCUGCAACGACGAGUCUGUCAAACAGUGCAUCGACGGUAUCAAAGAUCGACAUGUGGAUGUCCUCAUCAAUAACGCGGGUAUCGGCCUGGUGGGCCCAGUGGAGAGCAUCCCCAUCGAGGAGAUGAAGAAAGUUUUUGAGACCAAUUUCUUCGGUGUUAUCCGCAUGAUAAAGGAAGUUAUGCCUGAUAUGAAGAAGAGGAAAGGAGGACACAUCAUCGUGGUCAGCAGUGUGAUGGGACUGCAAGGUAUUGUGUUUAAUGACGUGUAUGCGGCUUCCAAGUUUGCUAUGGAAGGCUUCUGUGAGUGUUUGGCUGUGCAGCUCUUGAAGUUUAAGGUCACGCUAUCAAUGAUCGAGCCGGGCCCGGUGCACACAGAAUUUGAGGCAAAGCUGAUGCAGGAUGUGAAGGAGAAAGAAUACCCCGAAGCUGAUCCUGAUACAGUCCAUUACUUCAAACAUUUCUAUCUUCCCUCUUCUGUUAACAUCUUUGAGCUUCUGGGACAAGCACCCGAUGACAUCGCCAGAUGCACCAAAAAAGUGAUUGAAGCAAGCAGCCCACGUUUCCGUAAUCUGACCAACCCCUUAUACACGCCCAUAAUAGCGAUGAAAUACGCUGAUGAAACCGGAGACCUAUCAGUGAAUGGCUUCUACCACAUGCUCUACAACAUGGGCUCUCUAUUGAACGGCACCGUGAUUGCAAUGAAGUAUCUCACCUGUGGAUGUCUGAGGAGCAGAACAAUUACCCCAGACUAGAUAUUUAUAUUGUGGAUGCAAAUGUGAACAACACACACAAGCUGAGUAUGUGGGCGACAAUACAGGCCACAUACUACCUCAGCUCUGGUUGUCAGGGGAAAGAAGAAAUACGAACAAACAUAUGUACAUUUUUUAUGACCUGCCAUAUUUCCUGCUGCAUUCAGGUUCUGCAUAGUAAUGAAAAGGCAUUUCAACUUUAGUGAUUAAAAUGUAUUUCAACUUUGGUCCACAGAUUUGUUAGCUCUGUUAGCCUGCCGAGUGCCAAAUAAAUAGCGUUUGCAUUUAUGAGAUAUUGUAACCUGACUUUAUUAUUUUUAGAAAGUAUCAUUUACACAGAACUUCAUAUUUCAUAUUGUUUUAAAUUGUAAAUUAUUAAUAAAGAUAGCCCAACAUCUUGUUGACUU